AUGACCUAUGCGCGCUCAGCCCUCAUCACUGGCGGUACCAUGAACCUUGGGUACUACGCUGCUCUGGAGAUCGCUCGUCAGCACCCUGGCUGGCUGGUCAUUAUCUGUUCGAGAUCCGAUCGAAAGCACGCGGCCGAAUCUAUCAACCGGGCGCUAAACCAACGGAAUGUCCGAUUUCUCCCGCUUGACCUCUCCGACUCCAAGAAAGUGCGAGCAUUUGCCGAGGACUGGUUCUCGAGAAACUAUCCACCUAUUCAGGCACUUCUGCUCAACGCGGCUCUGCAAUUCCCAGGCAAGAUGGUCACCACACCAGAGGGGCUCGAAGCCACCUUCGCCAUCACCCACGUCGGCAACUCUUUGCUCUUUCAUCUUCUCUGCCCGCAUCUGGCGUCGAAUGCACGCGUUGUCGUUACAGCCAGCGGAGUGCAUGAUCCUGCACAGAAGAGUGGAAUGCCGGAUGCAGUAUAUACCUCUGCCGAGGACUUGGCGCAUCCACCACCAAAGAUGGCUAACGGACCCGGCACCAACCACUAUACAAACAGCAAGCUCGCCAACGUACUAUGGACCUAUGCGCUCCAUCGCCGCCUGAAUGAGAGGGUGCUUGAACGCGGCAUCAAGGUCAACGCUUUCGAUCCUGGGCUUAUGCCAGGAUCGGGCCUGGCUCGGGAAUAUCCGCCCGCCUUGAGAUUCGUCUGGGACAAAGUCUUCCCCCGUAUCACGCCACUGCUUAAAGCUGUCUAUACCAACAAUAUUCACAAGCCAAGCGAGUCUGGCGCAUCACUUGCUCGUCUCGCGAUAUCGGACGAGCUUGCCAACGAGGCUGGGAAUUAUUACGAAGGUCCCAAAGAAAUCAACUCGAGCACUGACAGCUAUCAAACCUCAAAGCAGGACGACCUGUGGCAAUGGACUGUCAAAUAUUGCGCUCAAAAUGACGCCCAAGUAUCCAGAUUUGAGUCGCUAAAUUAG